AUGCUUUCAAUUUUUCCGCGGCCACAAACGAUGAAGCGAAUACAACGACGCCAGCUUAGUCCCCAGACCCUUGCAAAACUGAGAUGUACUGGGACGGAGUUUCGAGAGCGAAUCCAGAAAGUGACAAUACCCAGGGACGCUGAAGUCCUCGAUCUUGAGAUCACAGAUCCUGGCACCAACUUUCUUCAAGAAUGCCAACGACGUCGGUCCUCACGCAGACACCGUCGGAAUUCUGUGAGCGAGUCGCAGGAGAGCGACUGCAAUUGGAAGUGCAUGGGACUGCGAUUUGGUCGAAGUCCCCGCCAAAAUUAUGGAAACGAAGGACUGUACAUAUACAAAGUUAGGCAGGAGAAUCCCGGCACAGCAUCCCUUUCGAUCGGCGAUCGAAUUUUGGCAAUCGAUGGAAUCGUCUUCGACGAUCAGACCCUGGACGCCUUGAACCGUGAUGCUGACCUGGUGGACCACGACGCAAGGUCAGUUUCUGUCGCCGUGACAACCUUCUACGAGAUCGUAGCCAGUCUUCUUGAGAUCUGGGUGAACAAUCAACAGUCCGCUGAAGAAGUGGAUCAAUCUAAAGACCCAAAAAGACCCCCCAUCAGCCUCACGGUGGCUCGAUGUAUUCCCUCGGCGAUGUCAAUCACUCCUGUAAUGGAACUUGACGACGCGGUACAACUACCAGCAAAUCAUAGUGUUUCUAAUGACAAGCAGUUUAAAAUGCCUAAAGACAAGAUCGAAGAUGAGAUGAUGGAGAUUGAGAUGAUAGAUUUUCCCAAAACCACUUCCGGUAUUGGGGCCUUCUUAACACCUUCUACGAAUGGACUGGGCGCGCGUGUUGAACGUCUGGCCAAAGGUGAACUUGCUGAGACCGACGGACGAUUGCAAGUGAAUGACACCAUACUCUACAUCAACGAGAAACCGGUCAUGAACAAGACAUUUAAGGAGGUACUUCGGGUGUAUCGCCAUGCGUCUGUCAAGGCAGAGGCGACUCCUCCCAUCACGCCCGAACCGCCAGUCCAAACAAUCAGAUUGAUAGUUUCACGGUCAUUGAGGGAGCCUAAGAAACCUGUGCAACGAUCGCCGGUGGCGCGGUCUUUAACUGUGCCUCGGAGCUCAGUUUCGAAAGCGCCGUUUCUAUUUGAAGUAAACCAGACUCCCGGAGAGGUGGAUCCUACAGACCUGUUGCUCAUGUAUGGUGGCCCUCGUGGCAAAGUUGACCCGAUCAAGCGCGGUGUGGUCAUUGAGGAGGCAGAUUCGGAUGAAGCUACAGAGAAAAAGGAGACUCCUAGCGAAUCCAGACACAAUGUCGACGAGACGGUUUCAAACAACGCAAGCGCAUCAUCCCCAUCUGGCGUGACAAACGGAUUCUUUCAGGCUUACCCAGCGAAAAGCAUUGUCCCCGAGCAAAAUAAACAGCCCGCAAGUCAGGCGAUGGAUCGGCAGGCAAUGUCGAUGCUGCAAAAUGAGUGGCUGACCACAUUAAAUGAGGAUGUCACAAUCUUGAUUGGUGAGUAUAACCUUCCGUCGGCCAACGAACCACUGGGGAUUUCCGUCGAGACCUUGGCCACCGUAGACAGACUCGGUCGGCAGACAGACUAUCGACACCGUCUGGUCGCGGUGCGGGAGGAUGGUGUGAUUGGAACGCAGACAAGUCUUCGACCAAUGGACGAGCUUCUUGAGGUCAAUGGCACCGCCGUGCGAGGAAGGGACAGCGCCUUCCUCACAAGAACCCUUCAGGAAACCCGCAGGUCUGGGUACCUGGUCUGCAGUCGUCCUGUGUCACACAUUCCAACCCCAGCUCGUCCUUCCUCCACCUUCGGCGUAGACAAGAUGUCUGCGAUUCCCGAGGUGACCAGCGAGGAGUUCACACACACCGAAACAACGUCAGUUGAAUUGGAACCGGGAAUCGAGAAAGUGGAAAUACUGUCUUCGUCGCCCGAAAGGAUUUCUGAUCUUCGAAGGAAGUUUGAAAAGGGUCCACACGGAAGCUACCAACAGCCGACAAAUGCACUCGAGGAGAAAGAGGAGUCAGAGGAGACUCAGAGGACGACGCAACAGGAUGACUUCGGCGAGGAAUCCCUCAGCACAUCAGACGUCUCUUUUGCCUCGCCUGACGACUCAAUUGAGAUUAUCAUCAGCAAACGAAAAGGGGAACUUCUGGGGGUUACACUAGGACCCAAAGACGAUGCGAUGGGAGGAUUCGUCAUCACUGAUAUCUCUCCCAGCGGAGCGUUACACAGGACAAUGCACUCCGUCGAGUUUUAUAAAGGCGUCAAAGCUAACGUCGGAGACGUCGUCACCGAAAUUAAGGGCCACAGGCUUAGAAAAUCAACUCUUUUUUCCGUGCAAAGUCUUCUCUGGAGUAUGUUCGCUUAUGAAGGCGACAUCAGGCUUGUGAAUGUAAAGGAAGAAAAUAUGGGCGUUCCGACUGGCCAACAGGCUGGCAACCAAUACCUGAAGAUAACGUUAAUUAGUUUUUCUCCUACAAUCAGUCCCGUACUGAUGGUGCUUGCCAUCACUGUGUUAACGACCGUAGUCGUCCUUGGAAAGUGGAAGCUAGCAAUGCUUGCUCACUUCAAGGCGGUUUUGAACAGACCUGCCUUCAAGCCCUAG